CUGGGCGGUAGCAGAGGGCCGCCACGGCGCCGCCGUAGGCCCGCCAGGCCAGGCGGAUGCCCAGCAGGCUCAGCCCCAGCCACAGCAGCAGCAGCUGGCAGAGCGCGGCCCGCAGGUCCUGCGCCGCCCACUCGGCCGCCAGCUCCCGGCCCAGCGCGCCCAGCGCCCGCCACGGCGCCUCCCAGCCCGGCGCCGCUGCCGCCAUCGCCGCCGCCGCCGCCUCGGGCUGCGCCGCCGCCGCCGGGCGGGGCGGAGGCGGGGCCGCCGCCAUGGCGGGCGCGGAGCUGGCGGCCGUCGAUGAGGGGCUGUACUCCCGGCAGCUCUACGUGCUGGGCUGCCGCGCCAUGGAGCGGCUGGCAGGCGCCGCGGUGCUGGUGGCGGGGCUGCGGGGCCUGGGAGCCGAGGUGGCCAAGGCCCUGGUGCUGGCCGGCGUCCGCGCCGUUACCCUGCACGACGUCGCCUCGGCUGGCCCCGCCGACCGGGCCUCGCAGUUCUUCCUCGCGGAUAGCAACAUGGGCCAGAACCGGGCUGUGGCAUCCCAGCGGCACCUGGCAGAGCUGAACUCCCAUGUGUUGGUGACAGCCCACACAGGGGAGCUGUCGGAGAGCUUCCUCGCCUCCUUCCAGGUUGUGGUGCUGACUGACUCCCCGCUGGAGGAACAACUCCGCAUCGGCGACUUCUGCCAUUCCCGGGGCAUCUGCUUCAUCGUGGCUGAUGUGAAGGGGCUGGCAGGGCAGCUAUUUUGCGAUUUUGGGAAGCCCUUUGUUGUUUGUGACCCAACAGACACCGACCCGGUUUGUGCCUCUGUGCAGCACAUCUCCCAGGGCAAACCAGGAAUCGUGACGUGUGCAGCAGGAGAAGAGGGCCGUGGCCACCUUUUCUCUGAUGGUGACAUGGUGACGUUCUCAGGUGUGGAGGGCAUGACUGAGCUGAAUGGCCAGAAGCCCUGCCCUGUUCGCGUGCUGGAUGCCUUCCACCUGGAGAUUGGUGACACGAGCUCGUUCUCGCCGUACCGCUGUGGGGGCCUAGUUUCGCAGGUGCAUCUGCGCCAAGAGCGCUUGUAUGAGCCCCUGCGCAAGGCCCUGGUGAAACCAAAGAUUCAAGUGUCAAAUCCCGAAGACCUACCACGCAGCCGCAGCCUGCACAUGGCUUUCCAGGCCCUGCAUGCUUUCCGCAAGGAGCAGGGGCGCCUACCUCGGCCCAGGGCGCAGGGGGAUGCCGAGCGGGUGCUGGAGCUGGCACGGAGCCUGGACGAGCAGCAAGGUCCCCUGGACGAGCAGCAAAGUCCCCUGGACGAGGAUGUCGUGCGAGCCUUCGCUAGUGUGAGCGCGGGGGACCUGGGUCCCAUGGCUGCCUUCGUCGGGGGCCUGGCAGCCAUGGAGGUGCUGAAGGCCGCCUCGGGGAAAUUCCUGCUGUUGGAUCAAUGGCUCUACUUCGAUGCCUUGGAGUGCCUGGCCUUGGAGGGGGCUGCGCAGCUGACGGAAGAGGACUGCGCCCCGAGCGGUUCUCGCUAUGAUGGCCAGAUCGCUGUGUUUGGGGCUGACUUUCAGGAGAGGCUGGGCCACCAGAAGUACUUUGUGGUGGGAGCUGGUGCCAUUGGCUGUGAGCUGCUGAAAAACUUUGCCAUGAUGGGGUUGGCUGCGGGGACAGGCGGGAACAUCACGGUGACCGACAUGGACACCAUCGCACGCUCCAACCUCCAUCGGCAGUUCCUCUUCCACUCGGCAGAUAUAUCGAAGCCAAAGUCAGAGGUAGCAGCUGCAGCCGUGAAGUGCAUGAACCCUGACAUCAAGGUGACGGCGCACCAGAACCAGGUGGGGCCUGCCACGGAGCUGAUCUAUGGGGCUGACUUCUUCAAGCGGCUGGAUGGCGUUGCCAGCGCCCUGGACAACCUGGAGACCCGUGCCUACUUGACGAACCAUUGCCUCCGCUACCUCAAGCCACUGGUGGACUCAGGCACGGAGGGCACACGGGGGAACGUGCUGGCCAUGGUGCCCCACGUGACCAAGGCGUUGGGGUCUGCCAGUGACCCUGUGGACAAGACCUUCCCCCUUUGCACCCUGCGACACUUCCCCCAGACCAUUGAGCACACGCUGCAGUGGGCCCGCGAUGAGUUUGAGGGGCUCUUCAGGCUGCCUGCAGAGAAUGUCAACCGGUUCCUGGCAGACCCAACUUUUCUGGAGCACCUGGAGGCACGAAAGGCUCUGGAGGUCCUGGAGCAAGUGCGAAGGAGCUUGCAGGAGAGGCCACGGGACUGGCAGGACUGUGUGCACUGGGCCCGCCGGCACUGGCAGAGCUGCUACCACGACACCAUCUCCCAGCUGCUGCUCACCUUCCCCCCAGAGCAUGAAGCCAGCCCAGGUGUCGCCUUUUGGUCCGGGGACAGGAGGUGCCCCCAUCCGCUGACGUUUGACCCUGAUGAUGACACCCACGUGGAUUAUGUCAUGGCUGCUGCCCACCUCUUUGCUCAGACACACAAGAUUUUGGCUCGCGGUGACAGGGCAGCUGCUCGGGAGAGCCUCCGCAACCUGGUCCUAGCACCCUUCACACCCCAGGAAGGACUCCAGAUCCACAUCAUGGAGGAAAGGCAGGAGGUCCAGGAGGCUGUGGACCAAGGGCAACUGGCAGAGCUCGCCCAGGAGCUGGCACGGUGGAGACGGGAGCUGGUAGAGGCUGAGGAGACGCAAAUACCCAUCAUGGAGCCCAUCCACUUCGAGAAGGAUGACAACUUCCAUGUGGACUUUGUCACAGCUGCGUCCAACCUGCGUGCAGAGAACUACGGCAUCCGCUGUGCCGACUGGCUCACGAGCAAGCGACUCGUUGGACGAAUCGUGCCUGCCAUUGCCACUACCACCAUGGCCGUGGCCGGCCUGGCCUGCCUGGAGAUCUACAAGCUGGUGUGGGGGUGCCAGGACCGCAGCUGCUACCGCAACAGCAACCUGUGUCUCUCCGACUCCCUGCUGCUCUGCAUCCAGCCCCUGCCGCCCCCCACCUACAGGUAUGGCCAGAAGGAGUGGAGCUGCUGGGACCGGCUGGAGGUGCAGGGGGUCGGCGCCGAUGGGCAGGAGAUGACCGUGCGGGAGCUGCUGGAGUGGCUGCAGAGGGUGCACGGGCUGCCUGUGACCAUGCUCCUGCACGGCUACACCGUGCUCUACGACAGGGAGCAGGACGAGGAGACGCGGGCCCAGCAGCAGGCCCAGAGGCUGUCGGAGAGCCUGGAGGGUGCUGGGGAGCUGCGGCCCCGGGAGCUGGAGCUGCAGUAUGUGUGUGAGGGAGAAGAGGAUGAGGACGAAGACGCCUGCCCCCCGCUCGUCUGCUACCUGCCCUGAUCCUGGAGUGGGACACCAGGCCGGGCCAGAGGCAGCAGCAGCCUGGGCCACACAGCACUUGCUGCCCCCGGUAAUAAAAGCUGCAGGAUCA